GCCAUUCUUCUUGUUACCUGCGACAUUCCUUCUGCCUGUAGGACUUGUGAGGUUAUCUCUCAUUCAAGCACAUGUGCAUGUAAUAAGUGCAACCAACAGUUCCCUCGCCUUUCAGACUCUAAUGAUGUGAACUACUCUGGGUUUGUGUUUUCUGAGUGGGUGUCUUGCACUGAUGCCAAAAACCGUCGUGAUGCCAAGUUGUCAAGAAUAGUCAGCAGUAAUGCACAAAGAAAGAGAUUGGAGAGGGAAAAUGGUAACUGA